GGAGUCAGAACCAGAAGAACAAGAAUCCCUUACCUUGCUGCAAGGGGAUGGGAGAAAUACAGAGGCAAUGGAGCAGUGUGAACAAAGGCAUCCUGCAAUACUUAAUCACCCUGUUUGUGUGGAAGGCAGUUGCUGGGCAGAUUCGCUAUUCCGUUCCUGAAGAGAUGCAGAAAGGCUCCUUUGUGGGGAAUAUCGCAAAGGAUCUAGGAAUGGAUGGAAAGCCUCUUUCUGAACACGAACUCCGGAUCAUUACCAGGACAGGUACCAUUCAGUAUUUUGCUUUGAACUUCAACAGUGGUAUUUUACAAACUUCAGAGAGAAUAGACAGAGAGGCAAUCUGUGGACAGGCAGAAAAGUGCACCUUAAAUCUUCAGGUUAUUAUGGAGAGGAAAUUAAAGAUAUAUGGAAUAGAAGUGGAAAUUACAGAUGUAAAUGAUAAUGAUCCUCAAUUCCAUCCAUGGGAACAGGAGCUUGAAAUCAGUGAGGCAACUACAUUGGGGUCCCGAUUUAACCUUCCUCGAGCUGAAGAUCCAGAUCUGGGUAUAAAUUCAAUACAGAAUUACCAACUUACAAGCAGCAGUCAUUUUUCUCUGCAAGUGCAAAUAGAUGAAAAUGGCAUUAGACGUGCUGAAUUGGUGUUGGAUAAACCUUUGGAUAGGGAAGAGCAAUCAAUGUAUGAUCUGAUCCUCACAGCUUUUGAUGGGGGAGACCCAGUGAGAUCCGGCACUGCUCAAAUCCACGUAAUAGUUCUAGAUGCCAAUGACAAUGCUCCAGUUUUCAGCCAACCUCUGUAUGAAGCAACUGUCCCGGAGAAUAUUCCUAAAGGGUCCACAGUCAUUACAGUAAGAGCAAUCGAUCUAGAUGAAGGAAUUAAUGGGGAGAUAAAAUACUAUUUUCAAACACUACUGAAACGUAACUCUCAAACAUUUCUCCUUAACUCUACAACUGGUAAAAUAACACUUGGAGGGAAACUCGAUUAUGAGGAUUCUUCUUUAUAUGAAUUCGAGGUACAAGCCAAAGAUGGGGGAGGCCUGAGUGACACAUCAAAAGUUGUGAUUUUCAUUUCAGACUUGAAUGACCAUGCGCCUGAAUUAGAAGUAACCUAUGUCAUCAAUGACAUCCUGGAGAAUUCACCAAUUGGUACUGUUGUUGCCAUUCUCAAUGUGCAAGAUGGUGAUUCUGGAAUUAAUGGGGAGGUCACAUGCUCAAUAGACCCAAACCUCCCUUUUCAGCUGAAAAAAUCCAUGAAUAACUUUUACAGUUUGGUGACAGACGAUGUCUUGGAUAGAGAGCAAGUGGCAUCCUACAGUAUCACCCUCACAGUUACUGAUCACGGGAUUCCUCCUCUUUCUACAGCCACUGUGAUAGCUGUAAGCCUUUUAGACGCAAAUGACAAUCCUCCCCUCUUUGCAGAAUCCGCCUACACAUCUUAUCUCCUGGAGAAUAAUCUGAGAGGGGCCUCCAUCUUUUCCUUGAGUGCAGAUGAUCCUGACUGGGAAGAGAAUUCCAGAAUAACAUAUUCCAUCAUGGAAGGACAUGAUCAAUCUUUUCUUUCAUCAUACCUCUCCAUUAAUUCUGAAACAGGUGUUGUCUAUGCAUUGAGCUCUUUUGAUUAUGAAGAAGUGCGGGAGAUCAGUUUCUGGGUUAAGGCCCAAGAUGGAGGCUCCCUACCACUCAGUUCCAACAUCUCAGUGAGUCUCUUAAUUUUAGAUCAGAAUGAUAACACCCCCCAAAUCUUGUACCCUUCUAGCCCCACUGAUGGCUCCACUGGAAUUGAGUUGGCCCCUCAUUCUUCUGAGCCAGGAUAUCUGGUCACUAAGGUGGUGGCGGUAGAUGCAGACUCUGGCCAGAACUCCUGGCUCUCCUAUCAGUUACUGAAGGCCACAGAGCCAGGGCUUUUCACCAUAGGACUCCACACUGGAGAGAUCAGGACAGCCCGUUUCUUUCUAGACAAGGAUGCUCUCAAGCAAAGCCUGGUGGUUUUAGUGAAGGACAAUGGGCAGCCCCCUCUCUCUGCUUCCGUCAUGGUCACUGUGGUGCUGGCCGACAGCAUCCCUGAAAGCCUCUCUGAUAUUAGCAGCAUCUCAGUUCCUUCAGACCCCCAAUUAGAUCUCACCUUCUACCUGGUGGUUGCUGUGGCUUUUGUCUCCUGCUUGUUUUUCGCUUUCCUUCUUGUGUUGCUGGCUAUCAGACUUCACAGAUGGAGACAUUCUCAGUUGUGUGCCUCUGGAAGUAUGAAUUUUGGUGGCGUCCCAGUUUCCCAGUUUGUAGGAAUUGAUGGAGUCCGAGCUUUUCUUCACUCUUAUUGCCAAGACGUUUCUCUCACCACAGACUCUAGGAAAAAACAGUUUAAUAAUCAGCAGACCUGUGACACAAAUGAGCCUAUCGUAACUUUUGAAGAUUCAAAUCUUAGCAGUGGAGACCAAAUAUUCCAGGUGAGUCGAUUAAUUCUGCAUGAGGAUGUCUUCAAACACAAGAGUGAACUGGUUCCAAAAUGUGACAGUAAGGCAGCUAGCAAAAGGAUGGAAUGUUUACAAAUACUGGUAUCUGGAAAGGCAGCUCUGAAAAUCAGGGUAAUGGAAAUUAGACAUGCAGAGAGAACCAGGGAGAUCAAGAGGCAAGUACUCUUUUUGUGCAUAUUUUUGUCUUUUUUUUGUCUGGUGAGGUCUGAGCAGGUUCACUAUUCAAUUCUGGAAGAAACAGAAAAGGGUUCUUUUGUGGGGAAUCUUCCCAAAGAUUUUGGAUUGGAUGUAAGAGAGCUAUCUAAGCGCAAGAUUAGUAUUUCUUCAGAAAAGCCAUAUUUCACUCUUAAUGAACAAAAUGGCAACCUAUAUGUGAAUGAGAGGAUAGACCGGGAAGAAAUAUGUGGGAAAUCACCCUCUUGUAUCUUAAAAUUAGAAACUGUUGUUCAUAAUCCUAUGAAUAUUUUCCAUAUACAUGUUUUCAUUGAUGACAUCAAUGAUAAUUCCCCCCAUUUCCUAAAAAAAAAUAUUUUACUUGAAGUGAGUGAAUCAAAUUUGCCAGGAGCUCGGUUUUCUCUUGGAAAUGCUGAAGAUGAUGACAUUGGGAUCAACUCCCUCCAGACUUACCAGCUGAGCUCAACUCCUUAUUUCAAACUAGACAUUAUAGAAAGUGAAGAUGGUGAUAAAUAUGCAGACUUAAUAUUGCUGAAACAACUGGACAGGGAAAAAGAAAACACACUCCACUUGGUCCUUACAGCUCUGGAUGGAGGAGAACCAGCAAAAACUGGGACCACCAACAUAUUGGUAACAGUUCUUGAUAUUAAUGACAAUACACCGAUUUUUAGCCAGGCAGUCUAUAAGGUAACCUUGAAAGAGAAUGCACCCAAAGGAACUUCUGUGUUGCAAGUUAAAUCAUCUGAUAUUGAUGAAGGAUCAAAUGCAGAGAUCGUUUAUUCUUUCAACAAAAUCCCAGAAAGAGCCAGGCAGAAAUUCAGCCUGAAUCCCAAUGCUGGAAUCAUUACACUUAAGGAAAUGACUGAUUUUGAGGAAAGACAAAGUUAUGUGAUGAUAAUUCAGGCCAGAGAUGGAGGUGGUUUAGUGGCAUAUUGUAAAGUGGAGAUUGUGAUCCUUGAUGUGAAUGACAAUCCUCCAGAAGUGGUACUUACUUCUGUAUCCAGUACAGUCCCUGAAGACUCCAUGCCUGGAACUGUUAUUGCUUUGCUCAAAGUUCAUGACUCAGAUUCUGGGGAGAAUGGAGAAGUCACUUGCCAUCUCAGAGACCUUGUACCUUUCCAGAUAGUAUCAUCGUCAGAUAAUUAUUUCAAACUCCUCACAGAUAGUUAUCUUGACAGAGAAAAGAUCCCGGAGUAUAAUAUUACAAUCACAGCCACAGACAAGGGGAUCCCUCCUCUCUCCACAUACAAAACCAUCUCCCUACAGAUCUCAGAUAUCAAUGAUAACCCUCCAGCCUUUGAAAAGGCUUCCUAUACUUCCUAUGUGCUAGAGAACAACCCAUCUGGAGCGUCCAUUUUCAGUGUCAAGGCCUCUGACCCAGAUGAGGAUCGCAAUGCACAAAUCACUUACUCCAUCCUCAAAAGCAAUAUUGAAGACCUGCCCCUCUCCUCCUACCUAUCUAUUAAUUCUGAGACUGGCACCAUUUAUGCGCAGCGCUCCUUUGACUAUGAGCAAUUCCGGGAGUUUCAAAUUCAAGUUCAGGCCCAAGAUGGAGGCUCCCCAUCGCUCAAUAGCAGCACCACAGUGAGAGUGUGUAUCCUGGAUAGGAAUGAUAAUGUUCCGCAGAUCCUCUAUCCUUCCCAAGGAAUUGAAAGUUCAUCUUUGUUUGAGAUGGUGCCUUGGUCAGCUGAAUCAGGUUAUCUGGUGACCAAAGUGGUGGCAGUGGAUGCUGACUCUGGACACAAUGCCUGGCUCUCUUUCCACCUGCUGCAGGCCACGGAGCCCUCUCUUUUCACCAUUGGGUCCCACACGGGAGAGAUCAAAACAGCCCGAGCGUUACUGGAGAGGGAAGCUGUGAAGCAGAGGCUGGUCAUUAUGGUGAAGGAUAACGGGCAGUCUCCUCUCUCAGCAACCGUGACUCUGAACCUCGUCUUUGCUGAGAACUUCCAGGAGGCUCUUCCGGAAAUGAACACCCAACCCAGUGACUCAGACUCUCAGUCUGACCUCCAGUUUUAUUUGGUACUGGCCUUGGCCUUGGUAUCCUUCCUAUUCCUUGUUACAGUAACACUGACCAUAAUGAUGAAACUCCGACGGUCAAGGCACCCCACCUUCCUUCAGUGCUUUAUUCCUGAUGCAAAGACUGGCACCAUUUUCCCUCCCAAUUACGAGGAUGGAACUUUACCAUAUUCUUACCAAGUCUGCUUAUCUUCUGAGUCUAGGAGAAACGAGUUAACUUUCCUGCAGCCUACUGUCCAAAUAGCAGAAAAUAUCCUCAGCAGUUUGAACUCCAAUAAUCCUUCAAUGGUCAAUGGAGAGAAUCAUUUAGAUGUUGAGGUGAAUUUAGGCAUGGAAUUCAAAAAGGUUAUUGCAGAGAUGUAUCCAAAUCCUUGGUGCACAAAGCUUAUUCUGUAUUUGGGAGUGUGGAUAACAGAGAAGCUUAGGGAAUAA